AUGAUCGCCCACCCCAUCCUCCUCACCACCCUCCUCCUCACCACCCCCAUCCUCUCCAUGGAAAUCCUCUCCACCUCCGACGUCCCCAACAGCUGCUGGUCGGUCUGUGGCUCCAUCGUCGGCCUCACCGAAGGCUGCAGCCACCGGUACCACGACGACGACAGCGCAGACGAGACCUGCGUGUGCGACUCGUCCCAGACUUCCAACCUACUUCCGCUGUGUGAGGCGUGCAUUGCCUACUAUGAGGAUGACGAUGAUAACGACGCGUAUAGCAUUCUCACCUCGUGCUCGCUCUCGACGACGUCUUGGGACGCGGCGGAGGCGAGCUCGGUUAUGAGUACCGAGACGGCCGCGACGGCGACGGCGACGGCGACGACCACGACCACGGGCGGUAGUGCGACUGAGUCUGCGGAGACGGGGUCGAAGACCACGUCUGGGGCUCAGGAGACGGGCUCGAGCUCGAGUUCGAGUUCCAGUGUGGCGGGGGUGACGGCGAAGGUUCCAGGGGCGGUGGUCCUGAUGGGCUUGGGGCUGGCGGGGCUUGGGUGGAUGUGA